AUGUCAGAGCAAAAAGAAGUUUACCUUGUCAUUGGCGGUAGCGGCUUUGUUGGCCGUCACAUCGUCGAGCACCUUCUUGCUCGUGGUGACAUCGCCUGCGUGUUUGACAUUGUUCAGCGACAUCAUGAUGUUGACUUCUAUUCGGGUGAUAUCACUGACGAGUCUCAACUUCUUGAUGUCUUGACAAAGGUGCACGCUACUUUUCCAAUUUUUUGUGGUCAACAAACCGGUACAACUUGCAUAAUUCACACCGCCUCACCGCCACACGGUGCCAAAGAUCCAAGCAUAUAUUAUAAAGUCAAUGUCGAUGGCUGCAAAGCUGUCAUCAGCGCAGCCCAGGCUGCUGGCGUGCAAAAGUUGGUCUACACGAGCAGUGCAGGUGUCGUUUUUGAUGGUGGCGACGUCGUAAACCUCGACGAACGUGCUCCGUUUCCGGAGAAGCCAUUCGAUGCAUAUAAUGACUCGAAAGCACAAGGAGAGAAAAUCAUUCUUGAGGCCAAUGGCAAGGGUGGCCUACUGACUGUUGCUUUGCGGCCUGCGGGCAUAUUUGGCGAGGGUGACCGCCAAAUGAUGGUGGGCCUCUACCAAGCCUACCAACGUGGACAAACCCACUUCCAAGUCGGAGACAACAAUAACCUCUUCGACUACACCUACGUCGGUAAUCUUGCCCAUGCACAUCUCAUCGCUGCCGACAAGCUUUCCUCUCCCUCACUUCCUACAUCUUCACAAGAGACCCUCACCGCCGACACCCUCAAAGCCACGCUUCACCUUGACCGCGCCCUCCAGCCUGUGAGCGCAACAAUCGCCGCAAAGCGAAUCCCGACAUGCGAAGCACGCCCCUUGGGACCAUACGUCACGCUUCCGCCUAACGCCGUCGAAAUGGAGGCAGCCUUCAACGCCCCACGCGACCCGCACACUCCCGCACACCCUAUCAUACGCUCCCGGUUCGACCAGUUCUCCGACAAUGCGAUCGAGUUCGCAGAGAGUUCGCCACUACAGGUCGCAGGGCAGGCCUUCUUCAUCACUAACGGCGAGCCAGUGUACUUCUGGGAUUUCAUGCGCGUUAUAUGGCUUGCUCUCGAUCCGCCCUUGUCGAAGUCCCCCUCGGGCGUAUCGGCGCGCGCCCAGAGGCCUACGUGGGUGAUACCAAGGGGCUUUGGGAUGGUGUUGGGCUUCCUUUCGGAGUGCUGGGCGUCCUUAAUUGGGAAAGAGGCUGGGUUCACGCGAUACAGGGUGGGGUAUAGCUGUGCUACGAGAUAUCACAAUAUCGAGAAAGCAAGGCGUGUGCUUGGAUAUGAGCCUGAGGUUGGGCUGGAGGAGGGUGUGAGAAGAAUGGUGGAGUGGUUCAAGAAGGAGAACAAUCUUCCGUGA